UUAGUCUUAUUUUUUUCUGUUCAUCAUGGGAUAAAACAUGACCUUGGAGCACCAUUCUACAGUAGACAAAAACUACUGUAUAAUAAGUAGUGGUGGCUGCCUCGACUUGGGAAAUUUACCCUCGUAGACCCUGGCAACACUUGAUACACCCAGUGACCCAUAACAAACAAAUUUAACAUAACAUUGGUGAACUCCCGAGAACAGGACCCAUUUUUUGGGGGGGAAAUCUGAUAACCUGCAGUAAUCAGAAAUAGAUGUCCACUCUUAAACUGUACAAAUAAGUAGGAAAAGAAAGUGCAACAAGUCCAGAGAUAAUCAUGAGUACCGUGGAUCUCCCUCUGACAGAGCUUUGUGUAUCUUAUGAGUCCCAGGGCCAGUUAUCGGGUGUUUUGGGUGGGACGUUUUCCGACAAAAAUCAUGGCCAAGUGAAUACAAAAUACACCCCUAAAAACGGCUGUGAAUUUUACACAGAAAGAUCCGUCCCAAGCUGAAGAGGGUAAAUGCCAAAAUUCGAAGAUGCCUCGGAAAAUUCUUCACUUUUCUGAUGGAGUUCUGGCGGAAGACAGCACAGAUGAUGAGAAUGAGAAAGAUGAACCAUCAGAAAAUAAUGCACUUCUGGAUCCUAAGACCUUAAACUGGGGACCAUGGAUGUAUUACUGGAUGCUUUACACGGGGAGCUCAGCACUAGCUGCUUGUGACUAUCUUGGUGAAGGCUUAUCAAACUUAUUUGGCAUUACAACACCAAAGUAUUGGUAUGAGAUUGAGGAGUAUAAACGCUGUGAAGAAGAAGCAAAGGCUGAGAGAGAGGAAAUAGAACAGGAGAAUACUGGCUGGACAACCACAGAUGCUACGCCAACAGCUGAUGGUGUUCAACAAAAAGUUAUAGUAUCCUCGGCUAUCCAGCAACCACCAUCACCUUCCCUUUCUCAAAAAGAGCCUGAUAAUGAGCUACAUAUUACAGGGGGUAGUGAACUGACUGAGGUACCCUGUUAUGCACCCUCUUCUUCUAAUCCUCCCCCUUCCUCCUCCCAUCCACAACCCACAACUAAAGUAAAGAUUUGGAUGUCUAAGGUACACAUGAACCAGGUCACUGAAAUGUCAACAUGGGUUUAGAUUUAAUUUAUGUCUAAAAGAGUACUUCCGCCAUCUCUGUCUGGCUUCUUGUCCAAACUAAUUUCUAAAUACAGUACAGCAGCUUUGUAUAUUCCUACUAAAUCCAAAUGGUAUAUGUACUAUUAAAUCAGCACUAAAUACUGUUGUGACAUGACAUAUGAUGAUAAUAACUGUUGGGUGUGUGUUAUUGCAUAUUGUGUCACUGACACUGUUGCUAAUCAUAUGUCUUGUGAAGUUAUUACUUCAGGUUUAACCAAUGGAAUGAUAUAGUACUAAUCUCUUUGGAUUUUUUUUUUUAAUGCUGAAUUUAUACAAUGGACACAAAAGUGCAUUUUUUUUUUUCGUCAUUGGAGAUAUGUAACAUAAAUAUUAGUAUUAGCUUGAGAUCCCUUGUGCAUUCUUUUGGACAGAGAGGUAUUAUUUAGUACAGUAAAACCUCGUUAAGGCGGACCCCGCUAAGGCGGAUAUCGCUUAAGCCGGACAAAAUUGUUUUCCUAAAAAUAAUUAAAAAAAAAAGGAGGACAAAAUUUGUCCUCCAAUGGCAUGUUUGCAAAAUUUCAAGAGGCCAAGGCGUCAGCAUGUGGGACACAGGAGCCCGAGAGUUAUCAAUUGUUGUUUAGAGAAUAUUAUUUCAUUCACUCUAGUAAUGAUACAACGUUUCUUAGUAUGUUAUCAAAGGUAAAUGCAUGGUUUAUAUAAUUUGUUUAUCACUGUGCCCAUCACCGUUUUCAAAUUAGACUACGAGAUAUGUAUUUCGAUCGUACGCCUGGCAAUGGGAGCCUGGGAGUGAGUGAGUGACCACAAGUUAAAGCGUUAUCUGCAGUUGUAUCUCUCCUUCCUCUCUGUCAUAUUUCACUGGAUUUACUGUUGUUAUUAUUGUUAUUAGUGCUUACUGAUAUAAUAGGAUUUAAUAGUGAUAAAUCAUGGCAAUGUACCUAGGUUAAACUCGUCACUGUAACCACCAGGCUACUAGGCCAAACUGUGGUGUUAUGGUUGUUUUUCAACUCGUAUUUUUGGGUGGAUAUUCGUAACUUUCUUCAUUUAUUUUUACUCAGUUACAUGCACACACAAUCUUACAUACAUAUUGUGAAAAAAUUUAAAGAAAUGAUUGUCCUGAGGGCAUACACAUAAAGGGAAUAUACAUUUCUUUGCACACGAGUUAGCUGGCUCAGUGAGGGAGGGGAAGACAGUCGCAGAGUGUGUGUGGGGUGGGGGGAGGAGGGGGUUGCUAGGGAAUUGGCGUGCCAGCUGAUGUUCGUUACUAUGGUGAAAUGGGGUAAUAUGCAAAUGGCGGCUGUGUUGAACUUUCAUUUGGCUUUUAUUUAUUGAUUUGACAAUACAUUAGUUUUUGUUGGUAUUAUUUUUAUUUAUUCCUCACAUUUCCUGGUACUGUAUACAGUACAGUAUAUUAUUUUUAGAAAACUAUGGCUGCAGGUAGGAAAAUACACACAAAAGAUUUUCCAAAAUACACUCUUCCAUAAGAUACGGUACCCUGUACUGUAUUUUUGGUGUUUUUUAUGUACAGUUAACCCUCACUUUACGCGGUUAAUGUAACCCGGAGGGUCCCGCGUAAAGUGAGAAACGCGUAAAGUGAAUAACAUAACA